UGCUGUCAUCCCUCCAUGGCGGAGCGCGGAGCUCCACCUGAGGCGUCGCUGCUGCUGCUGCUGCUGCUGCUUCUCCCCUCGGCCUCUUCCCCCUGCAGCCGCCGCUGUCUUCCGACCACCGCACGGAUGAAGCAGUAGACACCUGCCGCUCUCCACCUCCUCCUCUUCUCCAGCGAGCCUGUCGUCGAGCUGCGCGGCCGAGCUGGGGGGGAAUCCGGGCAAAGGGAGCCGCGGCGCCGCCGCGCACCGGCCGACGGACGCUCCCCCGCGCCGCGGCAAUAACAUGCUCACCCGGGUCAAGUCUGCCGUGGCGGGGCUCAUGGGCGGAAUAAUGACCGGCGGCGGCUCCGGGGCGGGCGGGAGUCCAGGCUGCGACCUCCCGCUGAAAUUCCCUUAUAUGAGACCCGAGUUUCUCGGACUGUCGCCGGAUGAAAUCGAGUGUUCGGCCGAUCACAUCGCGCGGCCCAUCCUCAUCCUGAAGGAGACCAGGAGAUUACCGUGGGCCACCGGAUACGCCGAGGUGAUCAACGCGGGGAAAAGCGCACUGAACGAGGACCAGGCCUGCUGCGAGCUGGUGGUGGCCAGGCCGCGGCGCCCAAUGAGCUACUGUCCUCCGUCAACGCCUAGCAAGACCCCCACUGCCAAGAGACGCCAGUCGCUGCCCAACGGAGAGAGUCUGGGGCUGCACAUGGAGACUGGCAGACUGGGGGAGGAGAGCGAAGGCCUGAUGUUCCACUACUGGGCCUUGUUCGAUGGACACGCUGGAUCCGGCGCCGCCGUCUUCGCUUCCCGCAUGCUGCAGCACCACAUCGCCUGUCAGCUCCAGUCGGUGAUGGAGAUCCUUCGCCACGCCACAGCCCCGCCCCCCACAGUCAUGGGGGAGGAGCCAGAGAACAACAACCCCUACCUCCAGGGGAACACCCCCGGACCCCAUCGCUCACUGACCAGAGCCGCGUCACUGAGAGGGGGUCCCGCGGGCACACCGGGCUCCCCGAGUAACACGCCGCCCCCACCUCGCUUCUUCGUGGAGAAGAGGAUCCAGCAUGAGAGUCUGGUGGUGGGAGCGAUGGAGAACGCCUUCAAGGAGAUGGACGCCCAGAUCGAGAGGGAGAAGCACAGCUACAACAUCAGCGGCGGCUGCACGGCUCUCGCCGUCGUCUACCUGCUGGGAAAGCUCUACGUUGGAAACGCUGGAGACAGCAGAGCCAUCAUCAUCAGGAACAACGAGAUCGUCCCCAUGUCCACAGAGUUCACUCCAGAGUCAGAGCGACAGAGACUCCAGUUCCUGGGCUUCAUGCAGCCUCACUUGCUGGGAAAUGAGUUCACUCACCUGGAGUUUCCUCGGAGGGUCCAGAGGAAGGAGGUGGGCAAGAAGAUGCUGUACCGGGACUUCACCAUGAGUGGCUGGGCCUACAAGACGGUCGAUGAUGACGACCUCAAGUUUCCUCUCAUCUACGGAGAAGGAAAGAAGGCUCGAGUCUUGGCAACCAUCGGCGUGACUCGUGGACUCGGCGACCACGACCUGAAAGUCCAUGACUCCAACAUUUACAUCAAGCCCUUCCUGUCGUGCUGCCCAGAGGUCAAAGUCUACAACCUGCUCCAGUACGAACACGGCGCAGACGACGUCCUGGUGAUGGGGACCGACGGGCUCUGGGACGUCCUGUCCAACCAGGAAGUGGCUGAAGCUGUCACCACUUUCUUAGCCAACUGUGACCCAGACGACCUGCACAGGUACACGAUGGCGGCGCAGGACCUGGUGAUGAGAGCACGUGGCGUGCUGCGGGACAGAGGCUGGAGGAUCACCAACGAGCGGCUGGGCUCCGGGGACGACAUCUCCGUCUUCAUCAUCCCCCUCAUGUAUGGAAACCGUCAGCCAUGAGAGACUCGGAGAGCAUCCCCUCCCCCUCCCCCGAAAAAGCCUUUUGCACUUUCCUACUCGAGUGACGCGAACUGUGAAGGUGAGACGUCUGGGAAGUUCAGGGCGAGUCGGCCAAGUCUGGUCCCUCUAAACUGUUAACUCGCUUCAUAUUCAGCAGUUUUUGCUGAAGAGAAGUCCGACUAUUUAGUUAGGCCAUCCAGGUUAUUGUUUAAAAGUUCCAGUCUAAGGAACUGAAGACGUGCGAUAGUUUUCAGCUGAAAGUAGAACAGCACAGUCAGUGUAGCAUCAUGAGCUGAAGAGUUUAGAGACAUGGCUCACUGAGACAGUUGCAGAUACAGAUACCAGUCUACAACAUAACCACUGACAACUCUGCUGGGUGUCUGGACUCUGUUGGCGACAGAGGCUCAGGCAUUUGGGAGAGACUCAAAGUAGAACUGUGACUCCUCCUAGAGAAGUCAUUUGACCGGACUCAGUUCCGCUGACUCAUCCUGAACAUCAAAAAAGACACUCCAGUCGAGAGUUCUCCUCCGUCCUUCCUCUUUUAGACUCUCGCCCUCGUCUGAUGUUUUUAUAUUGAACAGAAAAAAAUACCUCCGUGUUUCUCCAACUGAUGAUCGUGAAGUGCAGUUCUCCUGCUGGCCUCACUGUGGCAGCACUGAAGAUUGGAUCUCGAUUUAGCCACUGUUGUUGUCCCCUCGCAGAUAUCGGAAGAUGGUCAGGUGUAUUUGUUUGUACUUUGUUUCGACCCUUCCACUGUCAGAGUUCUCAACAGUCAAACUUUGCUGGGGAAAAUCCAUUAUUCUUACCGCGGACCUGUUCGCCAAAGAUGGCGCCACUGUAGACUAUAUUCGCAUCUGUUCAGUUAGUGGUUGUCAGAGGUAAAAACCAAGUGCUCCCCCUAGUGGAAGUGACCUACCCUAAAGCAAUCAGCACCUGUCAUUCUUCAACCUAAGGAAAGGCGGGCUGUAUUUUUGUGUCGGACUUUUUCGAUAAAGCUGCGAAGUGACAACAGAAUAUGUUUUGCCAAGGCCAAUAUGUGAUGUGGUACAAUCAGAACAAACCAAGCCUGGGAUGUUUCGGACACCGACGAGGUUUGAGUAACCGUGUCGUUUGUUUCCCGUGCAUGCAGUGAGGACUUUUAGGCCUGGGGACUUGAACGACAGUGCAAUUGUUCACACUGCUGUGUCGCUGUUUUUUUUGUAAGAACUGAGUGUGUUAUGUUGCAAAUUUGUUUGUGUGGAAAUCCACAUCUUCGCUUAUUUAUUUAAGUUUGGUUGUUUUUCAAUGGAUUUUGACAAAAAGACGUUUUUGUUUUGUCGUGUAAGCCGAGUAGUUCGAGCAAGAAAUGUUGGCAGAGCUUUUAAUGUGUUUUGUCGGAACAGCUAGCAACAAAUAUUAGCAUUGUCACUCACAAACGUUCCAAAGCACUAUUUUGUGUCUUUUGUACGUGUCUUCAUCAAAGGACUAAGGCAGAUGACGGUCGCAUUUAUUCCAUCGCUGAAGGUGCCAUUUUUCUACGCGAGGCCAGCGUCAUCCAUCUUGCCUGUCUACAUUUCCUCCAUUAGCUGAACAUCAUAUGGUGCGUCAUUUCUCCACGACAUUCCAUCGGACUAUUUAUUGAUUUAUUUAUUCCGUUAACGAUUUUUAAAAAUGUUCUGAUUCCAGCUCAGGUUUCGUUCGGGGACGAAAACAGUUCCGAGCGUGAGAAUCAGAACAAGUGCUGAAUGUUCUUCCUUGUUAUCGAGCCUUUUUUCUCAUACAUGAAUGUCAACAAAUGAAAUAUAUAUUAUUUAUUUUCUCAUCCCGCUGUGCUACCCAGAUGACUUCAUUUUCUGGAGUCCCCCAGGGCUGCGUGUUGGUCCACCACACAUUGUAAAUAAACACGGAUGCUCAUUCAGAGAGUCGGAUUACUGUUUAAUUUGUUUUAGAUCAAUGGCAUAAAGAGCAGAGGCUGUUUCAAAGACGAUCGGAGUUGUGACAUGACCGUUGUGAUGCCGUCAACCUUCCUGCUUGUGAAUGUUUUUUUUAUGGACUGAUGAAGUGGAAACGGAAUCUUCUGUUGUUUCUUUGUGUAAGUUGAGAGGUGAAGAGAAGUUUUACCUUCAGUGUUUCUUUUCCAGAAAUAAACAGUAAACAUUA